AUGAGCUAUCUACUAGCAGUAAAUGUCUAUGUUUACAUGUUAGUAGGCUGUUGGUUUCAAUGCCAGAAGUUCCCCGUUGCCGCCUUUUCUACAAACGCUUUUGUCACUUCCAGCACAAGAACAGUCGAAAGAGUCCAAUUUUUGGAACCAUUGUGUGCUGAAAAGAAGAAAAAGAAGGAUGAGGACGAUGAUGUGGACCGAGAGGAGGAACGAGCCCGGCUUUUGGAAAUGGGCGGGGAUCCAUCCUUUCUCAUGGACGAAGCGUCCGCGUUGGAAGCGGUAGGAGGAGAUCCCUUCUUUUUACCCCAUAAUACUAUCGACGAACCACAACUACCAAGCAAUAAUAAUGACAAUGACAAUAUCGACGAGGACAAGGAGGACAACACGAAACAAGAUUGGUUCGACAUUGGACGGCAAAUGGCCAAGCAGCUGCUGGAGGAGGAUCAAGAAGACGAAGAACAAGGUGAUACCACGGAACCAGUGGAAUUGCUAGAAGAAGAAAAGAGUUCAGGAGACUCCGAUCCUAUAAGGCCAAUAAUAACGACAGAGCUGGAACAAGCCCAAUCGUUGGCUCUGGAAGCUUCUCAGACAUUGGUACAAACCUCGGAGGCCCUGUGUCAAUCCAAACAACAAGCACUCUCCCAAGUACAAGACAAUAUCCAAAAACUGCAAGAACAGCUGCUACUCUUGCAAGAGCAACAAACCAAUCUACAAUCGGAACUUGCUACCGCUCAGGAGGCUCACGAACAAUCCAUCCAAAGCCAGAACGCCAUGCUGCAGGCAUUCGGUGGUGCCAGUGCAGCAACAGCAACCGACACUCCCAGCACCAAAAGCAAAGAGCCGUAUUACUCGGCGCUCGAAGGAGACACAUUCGACAAUCAACGCGACGAGUUGGAAGCAUUGGGUGGGGAUCCGUUCUUUUUGGUUGAUUCCGACGAUGAUACGGAGGAUAUCCAAGCACUCGAAUCCGAAACAAAAAAAUUGGACGACACCCAGAAACAGCCUAACAAGGCUUUGCUCAAGUCGAAACUCACCAACGAACCACAGGAAACGGAAUCCUUGACUGACGAGGAGGAGUUGCUAGAGGUCGGUGGUGAUCCAGCCUUCCUGGAUAGUUAUGAUGAAACGGAUUCCAAAGCAUACAACAUGGAACUCAUGCGAGAUGAAGUUCUAGAGUUGGGUGGGGAUCCAUUCUUUCUGGAGGCUCCAAAGGACAAUGCGAUCGAUACGGAGGUUGCCCCCAACGAUGCUCUGGAGCCCAUGGCGUCAUCGUCCGAUAACAAGGAUAGGGAUCCCUCCUUUCUGCUCAAUCUGGUACAAAAGCAACAGAAAAAGGAACAAAAACAGGAGGAGAAGACGGAGGAGAUUCAAGCCACAUCAGUAGCACUCGAGACCAAUACAAAGGUGGACGACUACACCCAGAAGCCCAGGGGUUUACAAAAGUCCAAACUCACCAACGAACCACAGGAAAAGGAGUCCUUCACCGAUGAGGAGCAACUGCUAGAGGUCGGAGGAGAUCCGGCCUUUCUGGAUAGCUACGACGCAACCAAUGAUGAUUCCAAAGCCUACGACAUGGAACUCAGGCGAGAAGAGAUUCUAGAAUUGGGCGGGGAUCCCUCGUUCUUGUAG